AUGGAGAGAGUGAGGAGAGAAGAGAACAGACGAAGAAAAGCAAGACGAGUCAUAGCAGGAAGGGCUAUUCUGCCACCCACAUACAAUUGUUGCGUCGAGAGUGGAAGGUUCACAGUUGUCUCGAGAUUGGUCGGGUGUGAUUCGCGUGGGGUCACGUGCCUUGAUCACGUGAAAGAAUCGAAGAAGGUGGGCUACAAGCUUAACUUAUCUUACCGUGCAUGCAUGUCAACGGGAAACCCUUUUCAAUUGCAUCAGUUUGUGGAUGUCAGACCGAAUAUUAUUGGUGGUGAAAUAGAAAAUGGGGACGAAAAUAAUGGUUCUUCUGUUCGGAAACGGAAAAUUACUAAUUACAACACUGAUCGGUUGACACAUUUGAUGUAUGAACGAGCGCUGGAAGAAGUCAAUAAACUAGAGGGGAAGCGCCAACGUUUGGAAGUUGAGGGGAACAAACAACUAGCGACAAAAAAAGAGCAACAACUUCAGAAGAAAAAAAAUGUGGUGAGCGUUAGACCUUCGAUUAACUUCGUAACAUUAGUUGGUUACAAGCGUCUCCAGUAUGCUGGACCACACGAAUCGAGGACGAUCAUCAGUCGCUUGUACAAUUUCAACAAACUUAAAAAUAUCAGUGGAGGCUUUCGAUUAUAUCUUCGACUUAUGACAGAUGCUAUAUUAAAUGAGAUCUGUGACAAGAUCGAUGAUCAGAGCGACCGUUUCGAUAAAGCAAAAGACAUGGAUCUAUGUAUUUCGCAAGUUCUGCGUUAUGCAUGGUCUCAACUAAGUGAGAAAGAACGGUUGACAUAUGAAACUGUGGCACGGCGUGAAGUUCAGGAGAAGUACAAAGCCGAACUGGAUAAAAUGAAUGGUCGAAAUACUGGAUCAGAGAAAAGUAUGAGAGCAGCAAACAUGCAGUGGAUCCGUUCGUUACCAGCUAUGCCACUGACCGAAUUUAAGUUCAUGUCGGCAUGGGCCAAAAAGCAGAAAGAAAAUGAGCAUCAUCGUGUACAUUAUAAACGGGUCCGAUGUCCAUUUUGCAAAAACUUCAUCUUGAAAGACGACACUUUACAGAUGCAUAUUCUGUAUGGUCACCAUAAUAUGUUCGUGUAUGCAUGCCAUUACUGUUUCGAAGGAUUUACUUCUCUUGAACAGUUGAAAAAGCAUUGUUGUCGUGAAUUCACACAGUUCAUGCUACAAUUACUGAUCCAGGAGACAAAGUUGGAAAUGAUUUUUGCAAUGCACACGCUGAUUUGUGCUGAAUGCAAUCUGCAGGUGCCUUUGUCAUCUUUAAGUAAUUCAGCCAGUGAUAAAAAACACGUCAAACUGCAGCGUUUGUUGAGCUAUCACAAUACAGACAAAUUGGUAUCAUGUGUUACAUUAUUUGCUGUUCGGCCUUCUGAGGUGGAAUAUGUAACGAUGAAAGCUUGCACGAUGAAGUGUGGAAUACCACUGCAGUGUAAAUUUUGUUCACACAAAUUUAUUUCUGCGACGGAUAUCGAAAAACAUCAAUUAAGUGAACAUUCUGGGAAAGUGACUAAAUUGAAAUGUCCAAUGUGCCCGCGUUUCUACAUUACCGAUUGUUUUUUCAGGGACCACUUAUUAUCUCAUCUUGGUGAAGUGCAUUCAAUGACGGGCCUACUACAAAAGGCAACCUUUUGGCCGCCAGCUUUUUCUCAUGAAACGACUUUAAAAAUGGGGCCAUCACUGCAGAAAAUCAUUGGUUCUGAUAUGACAGAAUCAUCUCAAGUUGAAAAAUCCAAUGAUUUGUCCGAUGAUGAAGAUGAGUCAUAUGAGAAGUCGGUAUUGAACAGAAAAAAUAGAAGGAAUAACGAGCAAAAAAAGUCGAAAAAGAUGGGAACUGAUCAGGAUUUAUGUUAUUAUUGUAGACAUGUAAAACAGGUGGUGACUAGACCACUACAGUCUAGUCUUUGCCGAUGCAUAAAAUCGAAACAUGAACCAAAAUCAUUCGUAGCGCAGAAUUCUUUUAUGAAGUCACUUGUAGAAAAAUUCACUCGGGAAGGGCGGCUUUAUGUCGAUAUGAAGGAUUCCGUUUUGGAUAUAACGAUUGGCGCAAUUAUUGAUGAUAGUGUCUUCAUUUGUGUCAAAUGUAAGGGGCUUCAUCUUGGUGACCGAAACAUACUAAAACAUCUUCGGAUUUGUAUGCAGAAGGAUGUGGAAUCUCCGGAUCCCGAAAAGCAUUUUGAUCUUAUGGAUAGCAAAAUUGUUAUUCGGCUAACUCAUCCACAUUGUUCUCCAAAUGGUAGAAUUAAUUGUCCGGAAUGUGAAGUAACAUCCUGUUCAAUCGCUAGCUUACGACGGCACCUGGCUCUGGAUCACGGCAUUUUUUCAUAUUACAAUGUUCCAGAAAGUCACAGAGCUGUUGGCAUUAUGGAAUAUAUUCCAUUGAGAACUACCAACUAUGCAAAACUUGAUAUUGCUACAAGGAUAAAUCUAGAGCUGAAUUUGACACCAACAGGCGAUUUUAAACUGCGUCACGACAGAAGAUCGCAAUCGCCUCCUUUGACCAGUGGGAGCGAUUUAAGACUAGUUACUUCUGACAUCCAUGCAGCAGAAGAUCUCCAAGCAACUUCAAUGUCAGUUGAUACGCGAUCAACUUUAAUGCAGUCUGUCAUGGAGCCAGCACAAAGUUCAGCAGUGAUGGGAAAAUUUAUUUGUAUAAUCUGCUUUGCAACUAGUGAUUCAUCGCAGCAGUUGGCAAAUCAUUUCAUUCGUUCUCAUCUGUAUUUGUGUUCUGAAUGUGGAAGUGGUUUUAUUGAAAAGCAGUGUCUUUUGUCCCACUUGGCUGCUUGUCAGAAAUGGCCUCGAAAAUGUUCGGAUGGAGAAUUUUUUCCACGCUGUCCAAUUUGUAGUUUUCUUUUACUCACUCCCGAACGCUACUUCUAUCAUUUAGUAUACUCUCACAAAACAAGCGUGUGCAUCAAUCAAAAAAACCAACAGGUAAAUCCAAUGUUUAUUUGGAAGAAAUUGUCUUUAACGGAUGCCGCGAAGUUGAGGAAAACAAUGAUGGAUAAGUUGGCAAUUAAAACUCGUGCUAAUUUUAUAACGAAAAAUGUGUUGUAUUCAUCUAUUCUUCCGAACAAAAACACAAAUGGUGCGGAAUCUGUUAUUACCAAUAAAUUUUUAUGUACUCUUUGCGAAUUGGAUUUCCCAAAUCAAGUAGAAUGCGAUAUUCAUCUGCAAAAACAUCCGGAACAGUGGACCUGUUGUCCUGUUUGCAUGUACUUUCGCGAUCACUGUCCGAUCCAUACCAUCGGCGAACUUUUUGCGCAUCUAUUAUUUAAACAUACGGUUAAAUCACUUCAACCAAAAGGUGUAAAAAUAGUGUGCAGUUUGUGCCGGAGUUUAUCUUCCUGUCAGUCAACUACUCCGCUAUCAAUCAGGCGCUGCGAAGAGCAAAUGAUCCGCCAUAUUUUGUAUGCGUGUAAUGGUACCCAGGUAUGCUUCCUUUGCAACGAUGGCGCUGUGCAUUCACCUGAGAAACUGAAGAAGCAUCGCGUCAAUGAACAUCGUUUAGUUUUUGAAAGAUUUGGGUGUUCGGAAUGUUUUCGAAAAUUCCACACUUGUAGUGCAUUUAGGAAGCACUCUUGCAAUGUACUGUUAAAAUGUUCAUGUGGAAUUGGCACACUAUUCACAGCAGAAGAAUUCGAGAAGCAUUUCGAAAUCCACUUAAAUUCGAUGAAGGAUUUUUGUCUUCUCUGCAACAAGUACAUGUUUUCGAAGGAUCAGCUUUUUUCCCAUAUGAUGUCGCAUCGGAUUACCGUAAAUGGUAAAAGACAGUUGCUUCAGUUGAAUACGCUAGAAAGUGUGCUGCCGUUUCCUGCGCCGAAUACUGCUCUGCAGAGUAAUAUGAACAUAAAUAUUCCAUCGAAAGAACGUAGCGCUACUGCAUUUCCAUUUGGAAAAGUGAAGGUGAACAAUGACGACGAAAUCCAAUUUUUAGGACUCGAAUGUCUUACAAAUGAUGUAAAUAGCAGUGAAAAUAAAAAUCAGAAAAAACAAGGUGAUGAUAGCGAUGUGGUAUUAUUGACGGAAACUGUUCCAACUAACUUUAUGACCAAUAUUCGAUCAGAAAUCGGUGCUGCUAUCGAAACAGUACCUUCAUUUUGUACGCAUUCCGUGGGAAAUGCGCCGUCUGAAUCAACUGUCAAAUUUCCAGCGGAUGAAAUUGCAUCUGUUGAAUCUAGUUCAUUUGCUACGGUAUUUGAUGUUAAUGCUGCUAACACAGUAUGCAGCAUUAUAGAUGAGCAGAUUUCGGCAACUGCAAGUGAACAUUCAAUCAGCACUGUGGAAAAAGAGCUUACUUCUGCAAAAGCAUCAUCUGUUCGUAUAGCGAUUGAUGAUGAGGAUGAUAUAUUAAUCAUCGAUGAAUUAAAAAAUGAGAGCCUUGGUGACGAUAAAGAAGCUUUAAAAGAAGUAAAAAGGGCUGGCGACAAAAUUGGUGAUCCGGAGUUGGAGAUUAUUGAAAGCGCUGGAAGGUGCAUUGGGUCUCAUAAGAUUUCACAACGUGAAGCGAGGUUCUGCUGCAGUCAGUGCACCGAAAAGUUUCUUACGAAGGCUUCUUUGCUGAUACACAAAGAGACUCACAGAUAUGAUGCUGGUCAAACGAUCGCGGCGGUUUACGGAAUCCCUAUUGAAACAACUUUAUACUUAUGUCGUCUGUGUUGUUUGGCAUACGAAUCACAAGCAGUGUACCAGAUGCACAUGCGUUCUCAUGGCUUACUACAAAAUUGUGAACGGUGUUCUGUAGUAGCAUUUAACGAGGAACAGAUGAGGAAUCAUCAAGAUCAACACGUUCUCUCGGCUGGUAGACAACAAGCGGUUUAUGUUUGUUCGAAAUGUGUGACUACUUAUUCAACGGAUAAACGUUUGUAUCAUCACAUGUUUGUUUCCCAUGCACAGGCUAUACUUUAUUUCUGUAAGAACUGUGGGCUGGCAAACACUAAUGGACGUGUAGUCCAUGAACAUAUAGUACGAAGAGAAUGUUCUUGUCAGAAUUUAUCAUCAUUACCAGAAUUUAUGAUUAUGGGUUUUACGGCUGCAUGCAUAUUUCAUUACCAACCAACAAAUCCGGUCCAGUAUGAGAACAGAGUACGCAAUGGCGAACUCCUUGUAGUUAUUCCAUCAGAAUGCAUUCAUCGAUCAUUCUUGUCCCAUCCGAAUGAUGUCAUUAGCAUCACUUGUCCAACGUGUAAUUCACUGAUGAGUUUCCUGCGACUUCAAGCGGAAAAUCCGAUAUUCACUGGAAGCCUGCCGCGUACUCUCAAUCAUGCUGCGGAUGACAAUGAUGACAUGAUGUUGAUGCUAUCAAACAUUUGGAGAAUGGAAAAUAUCAGUCAGCAAGCUAGCACUUUGAACACACGAAACCCUCAGGCGCCCACUUUAGUCGAUUUUCCUAGUACAUCAUGCACAUUAUCGCAAGUUGCCGUACCGUCUGGUGACCCGACACAUGUUGUUCGGAAUGCUAUGCUCUUGCCAGUCUCUCUUUCUGGAGUUUGCAUUUCCCAAAAUCAGUCAAGAGGAGUGCCGAGUAACAUUGGUAUUAGGCAACCAUUAUCUCAAAUUUCAUGGGUUCCAGCUCGGGAAGCAUUGACAGCAGCUUCAGCCGCUGUUUUGUUCCCUUCAUCAUCAUUACAGACUACAGGUACAAAUUCUCAUCCGUGCAUCCCAGCAGUGGCUCCGUCCACAUCACAACCGUUUGUAUCAUCUAUCUCUACGCUAGCUGGUGCUGAUUCAUCAUCAUCGUCUUCGAAAAUACCACCUUAUUUACAGCCUUAUCGCGGUGUGCUCGAAGCAGUCGGUCUAACAGUUGUCACUCAAAUGGUUACGCGGGACUAUAUCGUGAAGAAUACUGAGGGUGGAUACUUCUGUACUAAAUCUGGAUGUGCCAAUGUGCAAAUCGAAAAGAUUACCAGUGGACGUGUGCAUAAUUUGCGCCAUAAUCCACAGAAUAUUUUUUUUUGUUUGGAAUGUGGCAAUGCAUUUCCAUUCGAAAAUCUCGUUGUGAAUCAUAUGGUUGAAUUCCACCAUCAAAAGCAGACGCCGUCACUAAACUUGCGCUGUUCGUUAUGUCCGAAAAUCCCUCCAUUCACGCAGAUAGAGCUUUUUAAGAAGCACAUGGCCGAGUCUACAGCGCACUCAACUGCUACUCAUUAUUUCAGUUUUAAGCAAAGAUGCAGACUACGGUUUCAUUCAAUAGAAGCACGCUUGCGACAUGACCACGAGCAUCGUGCAACGAAAAAUGCACCAUGUUGUUUUGUGUGCGGCACGAGCCGAAAUUGGUGGUCCAGCUCGGCACGAGCUGAUUUUCCGUAUAUUGAUCAUUCAUAUAUCCAUGCGUUUUCUCUUUGGGGUAUGUGUCGAGAAUGCGGUUUAUGUUAUCCAAACGAAUUGAAGAAUCAGCAGUAUUUUCAUCAUUUUGAAAAUCAGCAUACGAUCAAAGCAUUGAACACUUGGCAGUGUAAAAUAUGCAACAUAGAAAUUGACAACUGCAAUGUCCAUUUACAUGCACUGCAACGUCAUUUUGUUAUAGGUGUUAAAACAAAUCGACGAAAGCCUUAUGCCGUUGAAACGAGUGAUGCAAUAAUGCGUGCUUUUCUAGGCUAUCCAGUGCCAGAUAAUGCGAGGAUUUAA